AAAAAAUCCAGUAACAACGCUAGUAAAUGGCUCUGGUUUUCCAUUGUAACAGCUUGACCAAGGUCAACGUGACGAUUGAGCAGCGCGAUAUUGCAUGCAGAUGUUUUACUCUGUUUCAUAGCAUUUCCUGCGAGUGAAACUACGGAGUAUAUAUAAAUAUCGCCGAUAUGAACCGUAUUAUGCCACUUCGGCGUUUCAGAGUGAAGCUUUGCAGUAGCUUCACUAACUUUCUGUUCUUGUUCCAACCCUAAGCCGGCCGUUCUGCAUUUCCGGUUAAUGUCGCGUAUCAUCUUCAACCUUUUAACAAUCUGUUACUGAUUCAGCUUCGUCUCUAAGAUGUUCUGAAUCUGAGCUCGUUCGGUUCUCUGUUUACAGAUUCUGUUUAUGCGAAAUCAAGCACACAUUGCCCGACAUUGGUAAUACCGCUCCUACUUUCAACCUCUCCGACUUCAAUUCUUCUGUGUCGUUCUUAAAUAGUGCUCACCGUUGUGCUUAGAUAUGGUCAAUGUACAUUUCUUAGGGCAUCGAUAUAAUUAAUCUUGUGAAUUUCUACUGAUUUCAGUUCUAAAGGUUUUUCCUUUUCUCGCAUAGAUUCAGUUGUUUUCGUAUACUCUCUUGCUGCAGAUUCAGGAAAGUAUAAUUUGAGAGGUGGACGUUUGCGAUUCAGAUUUCUAAUGAAUUUAAUCAUUCAAUUUUUUACUACAAUUAUUAUGUCCAUAUGAUUGCAGAAAAGCAUUCAUGGAAAAUCUGUACAGCGGUCACAAUGAACCAAAAACUCCGACUGUCAAGUAUUUCGACAGCAAUGUGAUGCCGAUCGGUAUAGGCCGCUCCCGGUUUGACGUUCCGGUACCAUUGAGUCCAGUUUUCGACCCCUACUUCUCGUCUGAAAGCCCUAAUACACCGAAUUCGAUGUCUCCGUUCUACCGCCGGUCCGGCUCGUCUGUGCCGUUUGACUUAAGCGUUGGAAACGACGGCGGUGGCAGAGCAGGCGGAUUUCGUUCGCCGCUGGCUUCGAUUGAGAACCUGGUGACGCAGCCGUCGCGGUCACCGGUGACGAUGUUCAAGACUCCGGUGAAAAUCGAGGAGGACGUGAUUGUCAUGGACGGCAUUCUCGUUAAACCGAAGGGCGGUAGUACCAGAUCCAGGAUGUCGCAGACGCCAUCAGAUUACGGUGAUAAGAACAGCUUCUAUAAGAGGGACAAGUGUUUGUUCUGGGAGGACUCUGGUUCUUGCCGCUUAGGUCCAAAAUGCCAGUUUGCGCAUGGCCAGGAAGAAUUGCGUCCAGCUCGUCUCACCACUAAAAGUAAUAAAUCUGAGAUCUGCAAGUCAUUCAACCUGGGAGCAUGUUCAUAUGGCAUCAAGUGCAGAUAUUUUCAUCUUCAAGAGCCAGAUAAGGAACCCGAGAAGGAGUCUGAAAAGGAGCCAGAGAAGGAGGUCAUACCAGCAGUUCUAUCCCCUGCAGCUGAAGCUAAAGUGGGCAUCCCUAUCACACCUACUGAAUCCAAAGCACCAGCUAGUGGAGGGCAAAGCAGCACCUUUACAACUGGUUCUUCUGCUGCACAAACUUCUGGAUGGCAAAUCAGCACCUUUACAACUGGUUCUUCUGCUGCACAAACUUCUGGAGGGCAAAGCAGCACCCUUACAACUGGUUCUUCUGCUGCACAAACUUCUGGAGGGCAAAGCAGCACCUUUACUACUGGUUCUUCUGCUGCACAAACUUCUGGAGGGCAAAGCAGCACCUUUACCACUGGUUCUUCUGCUGCACAAACAUCUGGAGGGCAAAGCAGCACCUUUACAACUGGUUCUUCUGCUGCACAAACUUCUGGAUACACUGGCUGGUCUCCACAUGAUGAUGGUAUCAAUAUCUCCUUGCCUGCAAAAGCUCCAAUAGAGGAAGAUGUUGAUGCUUAUAUUCAGCGUGUUCUCUAUGGCCCUUCUGGUAAAAGAUUGCCUGUUUUUGAGAAGAUUUGCCUGGAGUAAGGAGAUCUGUCCUCAUCCUAUCCUACAUACUACAGGUAGUUCCUCUCUGCUGCACCAAUUAACCACAAUAAACGAGGAAAAGGCGCACAAUUUUUUGCUAACAAACUGAAAGCUCAUUAUUCCAAAGAAGGUGAACACUAUUUUUUGUCAAAUUCAAUGUGCAUUAUCUGUCUAUAUGAAAUUUUGAUUGAUCUGGUAUACAUACAACCAGAAAAUAAUGCUGUAAAAUAAAGUUCAUCUGCAUGAUAAAUGCAUGUACAGUGGAAUUUUAAUCUGUUUCACCUUGAUGCACUUUGUAUGGUUGUGAUCUUGAUCUUUGAAGAAUCUAUUCAUGUAAUUGCUUAUUUCCA